AUGGAAACGCAAUACGGCAGCCCAAUAGAGGAGAAGCCUCUGCCAGAUUCCUAUUCUGAAAUUAGCAAUUCGGAUAAAUUUAUUUCACGUGUAGAUCACCGUCAUAAGAUUCUCAGAGACGAACGCGAGUUUGUUCAAAAGAAAACCUUCACGAAAUGGGUCAACUCACAUCUGGUCCGAGUCAGUUGCAAAGUGCAAGACCUUUAUAUGGAUAUGCGAGAUGGAAAGAUGCUUCUCCGACUGCUGACGGUCCUUUCCGGUGAACGCCUGCCGAAGCCGACACCUGGAAAAAUGCGUAUCCAUUGUCUCGAGAACGUCGACAAAGGACUGCAAUUCCUACGAAAUCAACAUGUGCAUUUGGAGAACUUGGGAUCUCACGAUAUCGUGGACGGAAAUCCACGGCUCACUCUUGGUCUUAUCUGGACAAUCAUUCUACGCUUCCAGAUUCAAGACAUCACUUUCGAAGAUGCCGACAAUCACGAAACUCGCUCGGCGAAGGAAGCUUUAUUGUUGUGGUGCCAGAUGAAGACCGCUGGCUAUCCAAAUGUGAAUGUCAAAAAUUUCUCAACAAGUUGGCGAGAUGGACUUGCUUUUAAUGCUUUAAUUCACAAGCACAGACCGGAUCUCAUCGAUUAUGAUAACCUUCAAAAAUCGAAUGCUUUGUAUAAUCUUCAAAGCGCUUUUGACGUUGCUGAAAAUCAGCUCGGAUUGUCCAAGUUCCUCGAUGCCGAAGAUGUGAACGUGGAUCAACCCGACGAGAAAUCGAUCAUCACCUAUGUUGUCACUUACUAUCAUUAUUUCAAUAAGCUCAAGCAGGACAACAUUCAAGGAAAACGUAUUGGAAAGGUGAUUAACGAACUCAUCGACAACGACAAAAUGAUCAAUCGGUACGAGACCCUUUCAUCGGACCUUCUUGAAUGGAUCAACGCGAAAAUUGAGCUGCUCAAUGAUCGCAAGUUCGAGAACAAUUUGGACGGUGUUCAACGCCAAUUGUCCGAAUUCAAUGAAUACCGCACCCAAGAGAAACCGCCAAAGUUCGAUGAGAAGGGCGAAUUGGAGGUGCUUCUCUUCACACUUCAAUCAGCGAUGCGAGCCAACAACCAGCGACCAUUUGUUCCGCGAGAAGGAAAAUUGAUUGCCGAUAUCAAUCGCGCCUGGCAGGCAUUGGAAAAGGCGGAGCAUGAAAGAGAGCUGGCUCUCAAGGAGGAAAUCAUCAGACAGGAGAAACUCGAACAACUCGCCGCCCGAUUCAACCGCAAAGCUGAAAUGCGUGAGACAUGGCUCACCGAGAAUCAACGUCUCGUCAGUCAGGACAAUUUUGGAAACGAUCUAUCGUCGGUGGAAGCCGCCACCAAAAAACACGAGGCCAUCGAAACCGAUAUUUUCGCUUAUGAGGAAAGAGUUCAAGCAGUUGUUGCUGUUGCCGGCGAGCUCGAGGCUGAAAACUACCACGAUCAGCCAAAGAUCAACGAGAGAAAAGAGAACGUGCUCAAGCUCUGGAAUUAUCUCUUCCAACUAUUGCUCGCGAGACGUGUUCGUCUUGAACUCUCGAUGGCAAUCCAGAAGAUCUUCCACGACAUGCUUCUCACUUUGGAUUUGAUGGAUGACAUCAAGAAGAGACUUCUCUCCGAAGAUCUCGGAGCUCAUUUGAUGGAUGUUGAGGAUCUUCUUCAGAAGCAUGCUCUCCUUGAAUCUGACAUCAACAUCAUCGGAGAGCGUGUCCGAACCGCGAUAGCCCAAUCGGAGAAAUUCCGCAAUCCAGAAGGACCCGAUGGAAGCGGCUACCAGCCUGUCGAGCCGGCAGUCAUUGAUGAGCGUUGCGACGUUCUUCAGAAGCGCUACAAAGAAUUGCUGGAUUUGGCUGCCGAGAGGAAGCGUCGCCUCGAGGACAACAAGCGUUUGUGCCAGUUCUGGUGGGACGUCGCCGAGUUGGAGCACGGAAUCAAAGAGCAAGAGCAAGUGUUGUCUUCCACCGACACUGGACGUGACAUUGUCACCGUCUCCCAUCUGCUCGCCAAACACAAAAACGCCGAGAACAAUCUUCGCGAUAUUGAAAAGCAUCUCGACAAGCUUGACGGCGAGGGUGCACAAUUGCAAGCCGAAAAUAUUCCGGGAUCCGACAACAUUCCGCCGCGACUUCAGGAAAUCCGCGACUACAUCACUAAACUCAAAGAGCUCUCCGGAACCCGACGGGAACGACUCACCGGUGGCGUCGAUUACUUCCAAUUCUUCCAUGAUGCCGAUGAUGUUGAUCGUUAUCUCUUCGACACUCUUCGCGUCAUGUCAUCUGAAGACGUCGGAAAGGACGAGGGCACUGUGCAGAUGUUGAUCAAGAUGCACGACGAUGUCAGCGAUGAGCUUCAACACUUCGACGAGCAGAUCAAAAUUCUUCACGCCAAAGCCGAAUCGCUUCCACAAGAAGCGCGCGAGCAUCCAGAUAUUAAGGUUCGCCUUGAUACGACUCUAAAGCAAAAAGCCGAGCUGGAGAAUCUUGCUCAACUUCGCAAGCAACGUCUUAUCGAUGCACUUUCUCUUUACAAACUGUACGCUGAUGCUGAUUCUGUUGAAUCAUGGAUUGACGAGAAGGGAAAACUAUUGGCUACACUUGUGCCGGGCAGAGAUAUUGAAGAGGUUGAGAUCAUGAAGCAUCGCUUUGACACACUGGAACAAGACAUGAAGAACCAGGAAGCCAAGGUUGCCAAUGUCAACGACUUGGCUCGUCAAUUGCUCAACGUCGAGCAUCCGAACUCGGACGACAUUCUUCAUCGUCAGAAUAAACUCAAUGCUCGAUGGGCUCAACUUCGCGACAUGGUCGAUCAGAAACGCAAUGAACUGGAGCGCGCUCAUCGUCUCGAGACAUUCCGCAUCGAUUGCCAAGAGACUGUUACUUGGAUCGAGGACAAGACACGAGUUCUCGAGGAUUCCGACGCGUUGACCAACGACCUAUCGGGUGUCAUGAAGUUGCAACGAAGACUUUCCAUGAUGGAACGCGAUUUGGGCGCAAUUCAGGCCAAGCUCGAUUCCCUUCACAAAGAGGCCGAUGAGAUCGAGAAGGAGAGACCACAAGAAGCGCAAGCUAUUCGUGAAGACAUCAAGAGAAUCCAUCAAGUCUGGGAUAUCCUCAACAAGAAGGUGCGCGAGCAUGAGGCGAAACUCGACGAGGCCGGAGAUCUCCAACGGUUCCUUCGUGAUUUGGAUCAUUUCCAAGCUUGGCUCACCGCCACUCAACGCCAAGUCGCUUCAGAGGAAGAGCCGCAAUCGCUUGCCGAAGCUGAACAGCUCCUCAAUCAACACGCGUCCAUUCGCGAGGAGAUUGACGGAUACGCCGAGGACUACAAGAAGAUGCGCGCCAUGGGAGAUCGUGUUACCCAAGAUCAGACGGAUCCGCAGUACAUGUUCUUGCGUCAACGGCUUGCCGGACUUCAAGAGGGAUGGGAAGAGUUGCAGCGAAUGUGGGACAACCGACAGCAUUUGCUUUCGCAGGGACUCAAUCUUCAGAUGUUCUUGCGCGAUGCCAAACAAGCGGAGGUCAUGCUCUCACAGCAAGAGAACUAUCUGUCCAAAGACGAUGUUCCGCAGUCUUUGGAGCAGGCCGAGAAUCAACUCAAACGCCAUCAAGAUUUCAUGACCACGAUGGACGCGAACGACGAGAAGAUCCGCGCUGUUGGUAUGUUCGGAGAUCAGCUCUGCCAAGAUGGCCACUAUGCCGCUGACAAGAUUCACAAGAAGGCCCGCAAUAUCGACGAGCGACGCAACGCGAAUCGCGAAAAAGCUCAAGAUUUGCUCAAGAAGCUCAAGGAUGCCCUCUCGCUUCAGCAAUUCUUGUCGGAUUGCGACGAGUUGCGCGAAUGGAUCGAGGAGAAGAUGAUCCGCGCUCAAGAUGAGACCUACCGUGAUGCCAAGACGAUCACCUCCAAGUUUGUUCGUCAUCAGGCGUUCCAAUCCGAACUUGCCGCCAACAAAGAGCGUCUUGAUCAGCUCAAGCAUGCUGCCAUCAAUCUUGGAGACGACAAGCCGGAAUAUCAUGGAACCAUCGAUCCGCAAAUUGAAGAGCUUGCCACUCAAUGGGAGGAGCUUGAGAAGACCACCGAAGAGAAGGGACAGAAGCUGUUCGAUGCUAAUCGCCAACAACUCUAUGUGCAGAGCAUUGCUGAUAUGAAGGAAUGGGCGACGCAACUCGAGAAUGAGAUGACUCGUGAAGAUCAACCAGCUGACUUGACCACUGUCAACGUCGCUAUGCAGAAGCAGCAAAUGAUUGAGACGGAGAUGAUCAAAAAGGCUCAUCACAUCGAUCAGCUAAUGGAAAUGGAACCACAGCUCGAAGAGCUUCAUCCUGAUGAAUUGGAGAAUAUUCGUGCUCAUCGUUUAGCCGUCCAGGAGCAACUUCAACGACUCCAGGCACCGCUUGAUGACCGUCGCAAGGCUUUGGAACGCAAGAAGGCCGCAUUCCAAUUCGGACGCGACGUCGAUGAUGAGAAGCUUUGGAUUUCCGAAAGACUUCAUCUUGCACGCACCCAGAAUCUUGGAGAGAAUCUACCAGACUGUCACCGACUUCAGAAGAAUUUGCAAUUGUUGUCGAAUGAGAUCGACAAUCAUGAGCCAUGGAUCAACCAGAUCUGCAAUAACGGCCAGGAAUUGAUUGACGAAGGCCAUGAGAACGGACCAACGUUCGAGCGGAAAAUUCAAGAAUUGCGAAAUGCCUGGCAAGAACUCAAGGAUGCUGUUCAAGAUCGUCGCAACGAUCUCGGCGAAUCCGAGAAGGCCCAUCAAUUCUUGUAUGACUGCAGCGAGGCGGAGGCAUGGAUGAGCGAGCAAGAAUUGUACAUGAUGCAGGAUGAACGCGGUAAAGACGAGUUCUCGACGAAGAACCAAAUCAAGAAACACGAACGACUCCAAGGAGACAUCGACAAGUUCGCCGACACAAUCAGAAGUUUGGCGAGCAAGGCUCACAAGUUUGUCGAAGAGAAAUCGCCACUCAGCGACCAAAUCCAAUUGCGUCAAGCUCAAAUCGAGAAGCUCUACGCCGGACUUCAAGAUUUGUCGAAGGAGCGAAGAAAGCGACUCGAGGAGACCCUCGAAUUGUACGCUCUUCAUCGCGAGAUCGAUGACUUGCUUCAAUGGAUCGCCGACAAGGAAGUGGUUGCUGGAAGCCAAGAGAACGGCCAAGACUAUGAACAUGUGCAAAUGCUGCAAGAGCGAUUCCAGCAAUUUGCUAGAGACACAGAGAAUAUCGGAUCUGAAAGAGUGGCGAACGCAAAUGAUGGCUGCGAUGCCCUCAUUGCUCAAGGACACACAGAUGCUCCAACGAUCGCAUUGUGGAAGGAUUCGUUGAAUGAAGCAUGGGAGAACUUGCUUGAGCUUAUGGACACCCGAGCUCAAAUCCUCGAAGCAAGCCGUCUUCUUCAUAAAUUCUACCACGAUUGUCGCGAUUGCCUUUCGCGAAUUAUGGAGAAGACGCAUGCAAUGCCUGAUGAUCUUGGCCGCGAUUCGAGCAGCGUCGGAGCGUUGUCGCGCAAACACCAGAACUUCCUGAAAGACAUCGCCGCGAUCGGUGAGCAAGUUGCUCAAAUCGAACGCGAUGCCGGACAGCUUCGCGACGGAUACGCUGGCGACAAGGCGCUCGACAUCGGUGCUCGUGAGAGUGAAGUCGUCAAGGCUUGGAGACAUUUGAGAGGACUCUGCGAUGCCCGAACAUCAAAGCUCAUGGACACAUCAGAUCUAUUCAAGUUCAUGAAUAUGGUUCGCGAUUUGUUGUUAUGGAUGGAUGAGGUGAAACGUGAAAUGAACUCGCAAGAAAAACCGAAGGAUGUGAGCGGUGUUGAGCUUCUGAUGAAUAAUCAUCAAUCUCUCAAGGCUGAAAUUGAUGCUCGUGAGGAUAACUUCAACGCGUGCAUCUCACUUGGUCGCGAUUUGCUCAAUCGCAAGCACUACGCUUCAAGUGAAAUUGAGAAGAAGCUCAUCAAAUUAACAACCGAGCGUGCUGAAAUGAUGAGACGAUGGGAAGAUCGCUGGGAAUACUUGCAGCUUAUUCUCGAAGUCUAUCAGUUCGCCAGAGAUGCCGCUGUCGCGGAAUCCUGGUUGUUCGCCCAGGAGCCAUACCUCAUCUCGAGGGAAUAUGGAAGAAAUCUCGAGGAAACCAUCAAACUUAUUAAGAAACACGAGGCGUUUGAGAAAUCUGCCGCAGCGCAAGAGGAACGAUUCCAAGCACUGCAGAAACUUACAACGUUCGAGGUGAAAGAGAUGCAAAGAAAGGACGAGGAGAAUGCCAAGAAGCGCGGAGGUCCUGCUCACAUUGGAAGUCCGUCAAGAUCGACACCAGCACCGGAAACCUCAUUCUCGGCACAAGAAGACGAGGCCGAUAUUACCAUGAGCAGUUUGGAGAGUCACCAAAAAUCACUUGAGCGAAGACCGCUUGCGCAUUCGGAGUCGAGCAGCUGGCGGAAAUCACUGGCGCGAGCGCCGAGAUUCGAAACCAAGGAUCCGAAAGGAACCAAGAAGGGCGACACGUUCGAAGGAACACUCAUCCGCAAGCACACCUAUGAGACACUCGACCGAAAAGCUGCCAACAGGUCUUGGGAGAAGUUGUACGCCGUUCUCAAGCAGUACGAGCUUUCAUUCCACAAGGAUUCGAAGCACAAGGAUGAAACAAUUCACAACGAGUCACCCAUCGAAUUACCGGGAUGUUCGGUGAACGUCGCAUCCGACUACCAAAAGAAGAAGAACGUGCUGUCGUUAAGGCUUCCAAGCGGCGCUGAAUACCUGCUACAGUGCUCCAGCGAGGAAGACAUGCAGCGUUGGCUGACAGAGUUCCAACUCGCCACUGGGCAAUCCCAAUUUGAAGAAGCUAGUAGAUCGCAAACAUUGCCAGAAGGCUCGAGUGCAACAAAAUCCAAAAAGGGAGGAUUCUUUUCCCGUGGGAAAAAAUAG